AUGAUGGAUGCUUUGCUCUUUGCAGGGUUGGACGAUUGUUUACAGCAAUAUAUCAAAAACUUUGAGAGGGAGAAGAUCAGCGGGGAGCAACUGCUGCACAUCACCCACCAGGAGCUGGAGGAGCUGGGCGUCACCCGCAUCGGGCACCAGGAGCUCAUUCUGGAGGCGGUGGACCUGCUCUGCGCCCUGAAUUACGGCCUGGAGACAGAGAACCUGCGGACGCUCUCUCACAAACUCAAUGCAUCAGCCAAAAAUCUGCAGAACUUUAUAAUGGGUAGAAGGCGGAGUGGACAUUACGAUGGGAGGGCCUCCCGGCGACUGCCCAACGACUUCCUCACCUCCGUAGUGGAUCUGAUCGGUGCUGCCAAGAACCUGUUAGCCUGGCUGGACAGGUCCCCGUUCGUCAGUGUGACGGAAUAUUCACUGCUGAAAAAUAACAUUGUCCAACUGUGCCUGGAGCUCACCACCAUCGUGCAGCAGGAUUGCACUGUGUAUGAAACAGAAAAUAAAAUCCUCCAUGUGUGUAAGACGUUGUCAGGAAUCUGCGAUCACAUCAUUUCUCUGUCAUCGGACUCCUUGGUGUCGCAGUCCGCUCACCUGGAAGUCGUUCAUCUCACCAAUAUCAUGCCCAGUGAAGGACUGGGGAUGUACAUCAAAUCCACGUACGACGGACUCCACGUCAUCACAGGGACCACGGAAAACUCUCCUGCCGACCAGUGCAAGAAGAUCCACGCCGGCGACGAGGUGAUUCAGGUGAACCAUCAGACGGUGGUCGGUUGGCAACUGAAAAACUUGGUAAAUGCUCUGAGGGAAGAUCCCAGUGGAGUGAUCCUGACUCUAAAGAAGAGACCUCAGAACACCUUAGCGUCAGCCCCUGCACUGCUGAAGAACGUGAGAUGGAAACCACUCGCACUACAGCCUAUAAUUCCCACCAGUCCCACCAGUGGUAACACCACCCCGACGGGCACCAUGGGGAUGUCCUCCAAGCUGGACGGCCCGGCCCUGCAUGACGUCUUCAUUCUUUCUCCUGUGUCCGGACUUUAUGGCCCCAGGGACGACAUUGGGAUUGUGCCGUGUGACGACAUCAAUAAAUAUGGCGUCAGCAAGUCUGUGAUGAAAGGCUGCGAGUCUCCCAGCUAUUUCCUCGAGCACGAGAGCGGCAAAUAUUACACUUUCGUAGAAGGGGAGGGUCACGAGGUCGGCUCAGAAUAUGAGAGGGGUAGAACGACCGGGGUGCGGAGAAGAGAGAAGACCCCUACUCACGGGGACCUGAGGCCGGUGUCGAUGCCGUCAGAAUACAGCUGGAUUGGAGACCCCAAGGAGCCCAAUAUGUAUAAGAGAGGAAGCAAAGACUCUGAGAAUUCGCUUCUGCGCUACCUGAGCGAUGACAAAAUCCUGGUGAUUCAAGAAGAGCCGGUGACCCAGAAAGACAACAAGAGGGACACGGGACGCCGAUCCAGGAAAAAAGGCAAGAACCCAGGCAGCCCCAGUUACCCCAUCAGCCCGUCAAUGCUAACCUCAACAGGGAGGCUGGACCCUGCGCAGCAAGAUGCCUUGACCUUCUCUCUUGCCGAAAGUAACACUGUCCCCCUGUACCACAGAGCGGGUGACACAAUCGGGGGCGACUCUGAGAGGUACACAAGUUCUGCCGCGGAGCGACAAGGAACCACAUCGAUGAGGAAGUCUUUCCAUUACGCAUCGCUGAGGGUUAAAACCAAAAAACGAUCAAAAGGAGGGUCCCUCACGAGCAGCAGGCGGCGAAUUUCCUGCAAAGACCUGGGGCACGGCGACUGCGAGGGCUGGCUAUGGAAGAAGAAAGACGCCAAAGGUUACUUCACACAGAAGUGGAAGAAGUACUGGUUCAUCCUGAAGGACUCGUCCCUGUACUGGUACACCAACCAGAACGAUGAGAAGGCGGAAGGUUUCAUCAGUUUACCAGAAUUCAGGAUAGACCGAGCCAUCGAAUGUCGGAAGAAACACGCCUUCAAAGCUUGUCAUCCGAAAAUUAAGAGUUUCUUCUUCGCCACAGACUGUCUGGAGGAGAUGAACAGAUGGAUGAACCGUCUGGGACUCGCUGCUAUCGGGUACACGCCAGAUGACAAGGACAUCAGACCCAACGAAGAUUACUGGAGUGAGAGUGACCAGGACGACGUCGAUGGCUCCAUGACAUUAAAACAGGAACCGCAGACCACAGCAAGCGACACCUACCACCGCACCUCCUCAACGAAUUCCUCGAGUCCGUUUCCAGAACAGAAGCAUGGCCGCCACUUCUCCAGUGAAUCCACGUAUUCUCACUCCUCGGCUGAAGAGUCCAGGCCGGACGCUUUGGGCAGCACGCACUCUUCUGGUUGUCGGCCCACAUUCCGGGAGCGGCGGUCCUGGCAGGAUCUUAUAGAAACCCCCCUAACCAGUUCAGGACUCCACUUCCUCCAGACCGUCCCUCCGGAUCCGGAACAUAUGGCUGGACGACCAGGAAUGUCCCCGGAACGUAGGAGACAAGCUACACUACCAGUCCAGCGGCGCCAGAACCAUGAACGGGACGGGCCCUUUCCUCUGGCAGAAUGUCCCAGGGGCCACACAGCACACACCAGGACACAAAAACAGCGCAGCCAAAGUUUACCCAGAAACCGGGACGCCAGAGGGAAAAACCGCAACAAGAACGCAGUAUUGUUAGAGGAGAAGCCCGAGGAGGAGCCGCUGAAGAGGAAGCACAGCAGCUCCAGCAAAGAAGACAACAAGAAGGACGCCUGGUGCAGCACGGACGGACUGCAGGAGCUCUACAAGACGCUGGAGCAGGCCAGCCUGUCAGCGUUCGGGGAGCAGAGGCCGUCCACCAAGCAGGAGUUCAGGAGAUCCUUCAACAAGAGGAGCAACGACCCCGUCCUCAAUGAGAAACUGCACCGCAUCCGUGUCCUGAAGAGCACUUUAAAAGCGAAGGAAGGCGACCUCUCCGUCAUUAACGCUCUCCUCGAUGAUCCGGCCUUGACAGCCAAGAAAUUCAAGGACUGGAAGCAGAGAAACUUUGAGUUUUUUAUGGACAUUUGUGAGUACAGCGGAACCCUGAAACCUCAGAACGGUGCCUCUGACCUCGCUGCCCCAGCGGCUCCGAUCUCGCACACCCAUUCCUUCAUCGAGACGCACGUCUGACCGGCGGGAGAAGCGCCCUCCGCCCAGGUGCCGCCAUGACUGAGAGAAGCACUGUAAUAUCUGUACAUAAUGUAAUCAAUAGACUGUAAAUAGAUUGGAUACGAGAAUAGCGCCACCAGAUGCCUACGACAUUGCAUGACCGCGCAGAAUUCUUCUUCUUUUGUGGAUUCUCUUUGCUUUGCUGUGUGUAUCAGGGUCGGCGGCAUCCGCACCGAAAUGUCAGGAGGUCCCAGCGAGCGGCCAUUGUGUGACCUGUGCCAGCAGCAGCCAUGGCGGUCAGUGCGCACAAUGGCGGCCCCCAGGGAGCCUCCUCUAUGUACAUCUAUAAGGUGACAACCUCCGAGCCUCUAUAUAUAGAUAUGCUGUCCCCCGCGGACUUGCUAUCUGUGUAUAGAAGCGAUCCCAUCACAAUAUAUCUUCAGUACAUGAGCAGCGAGCGGAUUUGGUGUCCUGGUCGCCGUCCUCCAUUGUUCCUCACAUUAUUUUGUAGUUCUGACUCUCCUGGGAGCAGAGGAAGAGGUUCCAGGCUGCACACGAGUAUAUAGCUCAGCCUCUUAGUGCCUUAAGAUGUACAAUGUGCAUCCUGCAGAUGGCGGCUUUCCUGCACGAGAGCUUGAGAUGCGAAACCGCGAGGUGACGAUGUGGUUACGGGACGACUUGUCCUUGCAGGAUGAUGAUUGCCUCUCCACUGUGAUUACUGUGCCACUAGCCUGUGACUUUAUGUGCUACACCCGUCUAUGGACUGAAGUGCGGCGGCGGCGGCGGCGCGGUCAUCUUCAUGGGAGCAAGAAGAAAGGGAAACGCGGCGAGCAAGUUGUAUCCACCAGGAGGUGAAUCCGAAGUACAUGAAACGCUCCAGUACGUACAAAGACAGCGAGCAGCGGGUUCUUCCAGCUUCCGUAAUAUCUGAUGCUUGUGGUCGCGGUCGUCUCUUGCGUACCGCUCUUUGUCACUUAUGUUACUUUCAGGGACACAGACAGUGCAUGUGUUUUACAUGGGACUUGUAGUGCAGCUCUGCGGUGACGGGGGAGGGGAGGGCUAAACGGGUUUCUCCACAUAUGGUAACAUUGCUUGGCGGUGGACACAAUGUAUCAAUGAUGGCGGGCCACAUUCAUUGCUGCAAUCACCACUGAUCACAAAUCCUGUCCCAGGGGGUGAAUCUGGAAGUCAGUGUUAGGGUCUCUGCUCCAUAUCUUCCCGUUCAGACCCAUUUAAAGCGACGGCGCCGCCGUCUGGAGUCGCUUGCAUCAUUAUAUUAGGGAAUUGCUAGUCGUGCAGUUACAUUCUCUGUACUCCAUUCCUAAUCAUGCACCUACACUCGCAGCGCCAGGUCAGGUGAUCGUAUCAUGAAGAUAAUGGCGGCAUGGCAGAUGGAGCAUUAAUCUCAGGUCACCCCCAGACCGGGUCUCAUUUCUAAGAUUUGUUACAAUGUAUUCCUGGGUGUUA